UUUUGAUGUAUUUUAUUUGAAUUCAUUUGUUUUCUCAUAAACUUGAAAAAAAAUUCUUGCCACGAUGUUUCCAGUUAAGUUUGCGAUCUUCUUUGCUUUCUUGGUUUCUACCAUCUUAGCUGACCCAAUCAGCUACACAGAGUGCGAUACAGGUACUAAUGUUGCCAAAUUAAUUUCACUCAACAUCCCAGGUAAUCCAAUUGAAGUUGGCUCCGCUCAUCCUGUUGACUUGUCUUUUACUGGAUCCCUAUCAAAGGACGUUGAAGAUGAUGUCGAGUUGGUGUUGAAAAUUGAAAAACAAGUCAGUGUUUUUGGCAUCAAAAAAUGGAUUUCAAUUCCUUGUAUCGAUGGCUAUGGCUCUUGUACUGAUAAAUUGAGUGAAUAUUGGACGCGUUACAAUUCAUCUUUUGUUUGUGGUUUGAUGACCAAAAUGGGUAAAUCUUGUAGUUUCCCAAUAGUUGCAGGAGAUUAUUCAGUCAAAGAUUAUAUAAUUCCGGUCAAUCUUGAUAAAUUACCACAGACUAUUUUGAAUCUAGCAAAUGGUAAAGUAAAGGUACACAUUGAGAUUAAAAAUGCGCAAACAUUGUAUUGUGUUGAUGUAACUGCUGAUCUUAAACUUGAAUCUAGUAAGCCUUCUGAUGACGAAAAUGAAUAUGGUGGUUGGUCUGAUUACAAUCCAUUCUUGUCUGGAUGGUUUCAUUAAUCACUGAUUGAACUUUUGUAACCUAAAUAAUAAACUUAAUAUCAAUGCAA